AUGGUGAGGCUGCCAUUUGCUUCACCGCCGACAUCGCUCAGCGAGACUCGUCGACCUGCAGAGCGCCUCCUGGAAGCAAUGGAGCGGAAGGGAGCCCGUGAUGCUCGGUUCGGUGACCUUUUUCGAGAUUUCAUGGACGAGCACGAAGACCUGCAACAUAAGGAGAAGGUUAGCACGUCUACAACAACUUCUAGCCCCAGGUGCUACUUACCGCAUCACGGGGUCCUCAAGAAGUCGAGCACGACCACAAAGCUCAGGGUUGUGUUCAACGGCUCCCAACGCACACGGUCCGGAGAGUCGCUGAACUCGCACCUCCUCACUGGAGCUAAUCUCUUGCCAGCACUCGCUGACGUCUUAUUCCGUUGGCGUUGGCAUCGGUACGUUUUUGUCACGGACAUCGAGAAAAUGUACCGACAAAUUCUUGUGCAUCCGGAGGAUUGUCGCCUGCAAACCAUCCUGUGGCGCCACAACAGCUUGGACAACAUCCACGAGUACGAGUUGAAGACCGUGACCUACGGACUGGCGUGUGCACCCUUCCUCGCCAUCAGGACUCUUCAACAAUUUGCUGCAGACGAAGAGACACGGUAUCCACGCGGAGUCAGGGCGCUGCGACACGACUGUUACGUCGACGACGUGGUCACCGGUGCUGACAGCCUAGCGGAUGCUAUCGAACUUCAACAGGAACUACGGAGUCUCUGCAUGGCGGGCGGAUUUCCUUUAAGAAAGUGGGCUGCCAACAAUUAG